CUCUGAGGUCCGCGGGCCGUAUAUUGCAAGUGCUUCAAAGUUUCUUCCUGCCUGUCCGAUUCAUAUCCAACUGAUCCCUCUUCUUCCUCCGUACGUUAUGCGCAAGGAAUAUUCUGCUCAGUAUUUUCCUGUCAAUGGAGUGGACGACGGGGACGAGAAGCUUCUCCAUAGGGGUACAGAAACUAAACCUCAUUCAAAAUCCCGCUUCCUAAGGCUUCGCGUGUCGCGGCUGUGGCUCAUACAUGGUGUGCUGAUAUUCUUGACGUUACUCUUCUUCACGCUAUGGGCACGGGCACCUUCGAGGGAUGACAUACUCCUGUACUCUCCAGCAAACGAGGCUAUUGAAUCCAAAGCCAUUGUAAGAUUCAACGGAAGUUGGGAUCGUCCUUCAGUAUAUCGCGGCAGUCCGUCUCCAGAUCUCGAAGCAGCUUGGAGUAGAGUAACUGCUGAUGGGCGUCCAUUGUCUAUAACGCUCGAACAACUGCUCAAAAUGGGGGAAGAACCUGCCCCAUUCAUGGUUAGGUUUCCGGAAGAGUACGGCGGAAAUUAUAUGGCGAGUGUAGAGGUCCUUCACCAGCUCCAUUGCAUAAACAUGGUUCGCAAAUCCGUCUGGGGUAACUAUUACAUGACAGAUGAUCCCGACUUCGUCCGAUGGCGCACCCAUCCUAAUCACUGCGUCGAAAUUCUCAGACAGGCCAUCAUGUGCCACUCUGAUGUAACAAUGGUUACUUAUGAUUGGGUUGAGGGACUCGACGAUCCUUACCCAGACUUCAACGUUCCUCAUCAAUGUAGUGACUUCGAGAAGGUCAUUGAUUGGGUAGAUGGUCACCGUGUUUACAUCCCUCCAUCGCAGUUGAUCCGCCAAGAGGCAAUCGCCUCGCAGUCCUCAUCUACUGGAUUUGGCCGCAUAAACAACCUCAAAGCAAAUGUGCAGUGCUCAUCUUCUGCUACUAAUAGCACUAUCCCUCCAACUCCCACCAUCAUUGUCUCUGAAUCAGUGGUACACUCCUCCGGGCCGACACUGGAAACCACGGAGGAACGCCUCCGCAAGGAACUCGAACUGGACGGGAGGGAUGCCGAAUGCGAGUUUUCUCGUUACGAAGAUUCAAGUAUACUACUUGAAACAGCUGGAGAUAUUGUUCGUUUCUGGGAGGAAUGUGUCAUAUUUCUGCAUUCCCGCUUCUAUUCCGCAUCGCUAUGGAUGUCCUGCCCAGUGGUCAAGCAUCAUCUGUGCCUUCCAAGCGAUUUUCAUCCAACAAAGAGACUUGCACUCUACAGCGCAGCAACGUAUCUUCGACGAUACUUCAAGUUGAAGCACCAUAAGUCCUGAAGUUUAUUUACAAGCAAGACCACCUCAAUUUACAGAAGACUUGGUGGCUGACGAGCGAACUGGUCCUGUGACACCCAGAACGGUUGAUGAGUUACAGCUAUCUUCAUAUCGAUAGGCC